AUGGCUAGCAGAAACCUCAGCAGCAUCAUUUCCCUCUUGCUUGUCCUUGUAGCCUUCACUUACACACAAGCUAGUGAAAAUAUUCCACACACAACAGAGAAGAAAAUAGAUGUAGUUGUGGAAACUACAGUCUACUGUCAAACCUGUGAGCAUUCAGGGACUUGGUCUCUAAUUGGAGCCAAGCCAAUUCCUUCAGCCAAAGUAAGCAUCACCUGCAAAAGCUACAAAGGUCAUGUUAGCUUCUACAAAGUGCUUGAAACAGACAAAAAUGGUUACCUCUAUGCACCAUUAGAAGGGUUCAAGAUGCAGCAUAUAUUAGAUCAUCCACUUCACUCUUGCUUUGUGAAGCCUCUUUGGUCUCCUCUUGAAAGUUGCGUUCUUUUGUCGAAUGUUAAUUAUGGUUUGAAUGGUUCUCCGCUUCGUUAUGAGAAUAAGAGGUUGCAUGGAAGCAAGUAUGAGGCUGUUAUAUAUGCAGCUGGUCCCUUGGCUUUCCAUCCUCCAGAUUGCUCAAAGACUCACUACUAA